AUGAAGGCAACGGACACUUAUCAAGAAGGAUACAUCGGAGCCUCCUCUGGUUAUCUCUGGACUGGUAUCAUCUACAACGUCAGCGUCAGUGUCAGCUUGUACUCUUUGGCGCUAUUCUGGAUUUGCAUGCAUGAUGACAUGAAACCAUUCCGCCCGGUCCCGAAAUUUCUCUGUGUCAAGCUCAUCAUCUUCGCCUCGUACUGGCAAKGUUUUUUCUUGUCAAUCCUUCAGUGGCUUGGCGCUAUUCCGAAUGGCGUGGCGGGCUACACGCCGGAUAACCUUGCUGCGGCUAUUCAGGACACUUUGAUCUGUCUAGAGAUGCCUGCUUUUGCAAUCGCCCACUGGUAUGCUUUCUCUUGGCACGAUUAUGCGGACAAUAGGGUAUCAUCGGCUCGUAUGCCAGUCAAGCAUGCGCUAAGGGACUCUUUCGGUGUCCGGGACCUCAUCGAAGACACCAAGCAGACCUUCCGAGGAAAUGACUAUGAAUACCGCCUAUUCGAUUCAGGAGAUAACAUCAUUGCCCAUGAGGAGUCAAGCUCACGUGUGAAACGAGUAAUGGAAGGAAUGAGGUACGAGCGAGGAGGAAAGGGUAAAUACUGGAUACCAAAACCUGGGGAAGCCAAUAGCCGCACGCCUCUACUAGCUGGAAGUAUCGCCCAUGGAGAGCGUAGUCUUUCAGAUGGACCCAAACGAAACAGCACCAUUGAUCAGUAUCGGUCAUAUGGUGAACUCGAAGAGACCACUAUCAACGAGGACGACGAGCGCCUCUUCAACAACGCACGAGCAUUAGAAUUUGGCGACUGGAAUUAUCCAGUCAUUACAGCCAACAUUAUUCCUCGCGACCAAGUUCUACCUCGGACUGUUAGCUACCAAAGCCAGACUUCGGGCCACGGUCACGUGACAGACGAGCUCGAAAACCCGACGUCCGCCGCGACCGAGCGAUCUUCCACCCAGUUGGUUGACUUGGUGGUCGAGAAUACCGAAGCUGAGCACCGAGAGCAAGACCAAGCCCGGCGGGAAACGGGGUCUGAUUGGCCCGAACGAGAUGCUAUUCAUUUACAGAGACCUACUGGUGAGCCAGUGGGAGUAGUGCGCCCGCAAACAACAGAUGGCACUGUUUCGCCUGCAUCACCAGCCAACUUUAGUGUUGGCGAAGAUCAUGGCGACAAUAUUGACGAGCAUACCAAUGAGAGUACGCCGCUGAAUCCUGAUUACAGCGAUCUAGGGGAAGACCGAAAUAUCUGGGGUAACUAG